AUGACGGUACCGAUUAUAUCUUUGAUGCCUAGUUACAAUUCCAUGAUCAGAGGCUGUCCUGGGAUUAGUGACACAUUACCACGAAUAGAGUGCCAAUUAAGAGUGCGCUCGAAUAAUGGCAGUGAGUUUAGGAUAGCUAAGAUUGAAGUUAUACUAAAAUCUGUAGAAACUGUGUUUCCUCAGAGUCACGUAUCCUACUCUUUCACUCCAAUAGGCAAAUCGAAAUCAAAGCCCAGAAAGAAUGAGUCAAUCUCAUAUCAUUACAAAAAGUCUUUUUAUUUAGCUAACGAUGAGAAAUGUAAAGCUGCUAAGAAUAAAAACACUCAAAGAAUAUCAAAACCUUUGAUUGGAGUGGAUUUUCCACUGACAAUAUCUCUGCCAGCGGAUAUCAACGACACUAAUUUCAAUUCGCGGUUUGGAACUUGCGUAACAUAUCUGGAAUGCAACUUAUUGUACUAUGAUUUAGAAAAAGUCGGCCCUAGUUUCGAUAGUGUUCCUCCUGAGCUGAAGAAUUUUAUUACAACAGUUAAUGUUGAAAGAUAUACCAAUCUUCCAUUGAAAAAGCUAUUCCCAGCGAUAGAGAAGAAUUUCUACUCUCCGGAUAAAAAGCUGAAAGCCAAAGUGUACGUUGAGAAUCCAUGCAUUACAACUGAUGAUCUGCUUAAAAUAAAACUAAAAGUUAUGCCAAAUCAACAUAGUAGUUCGACAGCACCCGAAUACGAAAAUAGUGUUCUAUUCAAGAAGAAGUUAAAAGUCAAGAGUGUUACGUUUCAAACUAAAGAGAUUUUUCAAUGCCACAGUGAGACAUAUGAAUCGAAGGAAUACGUGCUGGACACAGAAACCAAGAAUUAUAAUGAGAUAAUCACAAUGAAUGGAUUUGAAACAGCAAAUGACAUUCAUAUAUGCACUAAAGAUGUUCUAUUCAAAGAAUUCGAAAAUACAAUGCUUGAGCCUGAACUUCUUUACAAACUGCCAAAACAACCUGAAGGCAAUAUGACCAAUAGAAAUGUUCCCACUAAAUUAUUACAAAACAAGGUUGAUGCUAUUCCAUUUAGAUAUCACUGCUCCAUAUCAACUAAUGGCAAAUACUACUCAAUUGGCCAUGCAAUAGAUAUAAAAAUAAAGAUUGGUAGUGGGAAAGAUUUUGAAUUUAGCAUUCCAAUAACAAUUUCACAAUGGCUGAAAUCACACACAAAAUAUAUCCAACAAGCUAUUAUUCAGGAACGUGAGAUUGCUUCACACGCAAAAAGAUUCUAUAGCGGAUAUGGGGGACUACAAAAACAUUCCAAUGGAAUGAUUGAGUACCCUACAUUACCACCAAUAAUAUAUGACUCUCGAGAGCACAAUAAUAGUAAGAAUUUCCAUAUUUUCCAGCUAACUUCAGGAAAUGGAAAAUCGCAACUAAAGAAGCUUCCCAUUAUAGACUAG